AUGAUCCUGAGGUCGGCAGCAGCACUCCGCUCGCCGCCUGGAAGGACCAACAGGCGACUCACACGGAACGAGAGUCGGUAUCAUUCGGAAGUGAGACAGGAAGCAGUGCAGCAAGCACUUGCCGAGAUGCAGAACCGACCUAAACCGUCGUUGCCAAUGCCAUCUAAGAGGACAUCCAUGAUGGCCAAAAGUCCAGAUAGAGAAAGACACGACCUCUCGUCUAGCUCCGACGAAGACUCCGGCGCCGGUGAUGCUGAGUUGCCGCCGCCUCCAGAACUGGACUCGCCCCCUGCUCGCCGACCAGCCGCCCCACACCCCCGCGCACACCCGCAUCCACUACCUCAGGCGCAUCACCAGCGUGAAAAGAAACACGCGCUUAGGGAAAGGACGGAAAUCGACCUGUCGGAUAUCACUGCACAUCUGCCAGCCUAUAUUCAACCAGAUGUCACCCACACUACGUCUGGUGCCAGGCGAGGUGGUGCAUUAGUUGCAGACAGGGUGCAGUGUUACGCACAACCCGAAGAUACCGGCACCGGUACCGGCAGAUGGAAGGUAUCAGCCAAAAUUCAGCAGUUGCUGAACACUUUAAAGCGGCCCAAGCGCCGUCCGCUGCCGGAGUUUUACGAAGACGACGACAUUGAACUCGAAAUAGCCGCAAACCCCAAAGACCCUAACGCACCAAAACCCGAAGGUGGUACGAUGACCCCAGCAGUGGGCGAACAGCUCGUUGUGCCCGCCGGGCUGCCGAGGAACCUGGAAGCGGCAUUGCAAAGAUAUGGGACAGCCUCCUUUAAGGCGAACGUUGCUACUGUCCUCGAUCCUAAUGGGAAACUUAGCAACUCCCUGACAUACGGGAAACUGCUGAGCCGCUCACUCAAGAUCGCCCAUGCGCUGCUGAAUAAGACGUUCACUUCGAAGAGCAGCAGUGGUGGACCACUGACUGGGGACAAUUCCAUAAAGCCAGGGGAUCGCGUUGCUCUGGUCUAUCCGAACAACGAUCCCAUUAACUUCGUGUGCGCUUUCUACGGAUGCCUCCAAGCUGGGGUGGUUCCAGUGCCCAUAGAAGUGCCACUCACCAGACGCGACGCCGGUCUCCAACAAGUGGGCUUCCUGCUCGGCUCCUGUGGAAUACAAUACGCCCUUACAUCAGAUGCCUGCUUAAAAGGUCUCCCGAAAACUUCUUCCGGCGACGUGGUCUCCUUCAGGGGGUGGCCGUCGUUGCAGUGGGUGUCCACGGAGAAACUUCCACGGCCCCCGCGUGACUGGAUCCCGCCGCCGCGGCCCGCCGAGGACAGUCCGGGCCACAUCGAGCACACCUCCGCAGCAGACGGUUCAGCCAUGGGCGUCAUAGUCACCAGGGCUUCCAUGCUCGCACACUGCCGGAUGCUCUCCGUGGCCUGCAACUACACCGAGGGAGAGCACAUGGUUUGCGUGUUGGAUUUCAAGCGUGAGACGGGCCUGUGGCACGCCGUGUUGGCCAGCGUUCUCAACGGCAUGCACGUGAUAUUCAUUCCAUACGCCCUCAUGAAAGUAAGCCCCGCCUCGUGGAUGCACAUGAUCACUAAAUACAGGGCGUCGGUGGCAAUAGUCAAGUCACGAGAUCUACAUUGGGGCUUACUCGCCACGAGGGAUCAUAAGGAGAUCUCACUGAACUCGCUACGGAUGCUACUGGUGGCCGAUGGCGCGAACCCGUGGUCGCUUUCCUCCUGCGACCAGUUCCUGUCCGUGUUUCAGAGUAAAGGUGUGCGAGGCGACGCGAUAUGCCCGUGUGCGUGCAGCAGCGAGUCGUUGACGGUGUGCGUGCGUCGCGCGGGGCGGGGUGGGUCCUCCGCCGGACGAGGUGUCCUCUCCAUGUCUGGGCUCUCUUACGGCGUCGUGCGCGUCGACGCUGAAAACUCCCUCACCUCCCUCACGCUCCAAGACUGCGGGCAGGUUAUGCCGUCAUGUGUAAUAGUGGUGGUCAAAAUGGAAGGACCCGCCUACCUUUGCAAGACAGACGAAGUCGGCGAGAUAUGCGUACUUUCCGGCGCUACGGGCUCCGGGUACUGGGGCCUGCCGGGACUAACCAAUACUGUGUUCCGAGUAAGGCCGUUAGAUUCGGACGGGGAACCGAUAGGUGAGGAGCACUACGUUCGAAGUGGCUUACUUGGUUUCCUCGGUCCUGGUGGGCUAGUGUUUGUAUGCGGCUCCCGCGACGGCCUUAUGACGGUGACCGGGCGCAAGCAUAAUAUGGACGACAUAAUAGCCACUGUGCUCGCUGUCGAACCUAUGAAGUUCAUAUAUCGGGGACGGAUCGCCGUGUUCUCCGUUAGAGUGCUUCGCGAUGAGCGCAUUUAUGUGAAGGCGGAAGCUGCCAGCCCUGAUGCUAGUAAGGAGGCGAAACCUGCUGCCACCGAGCGGGGGGAUGGACCUGGAGAGGAUGUUGCAUUUGCUGAUGUUAAGGAAGAAGGAGAAAAACAGGACACCGAACAAAAUAUUGUUAAUGAUAUUGCAAACUAUGACUUAUCUGAUUGUGAACUAGAUCGCGACUUUGUAUCUAGUACACACUCUAAACAACAUUAUGACGAUGGCGAAAAACCUAGUACUUCCAGGGCUAUCGGAAGCCCUAGUACUUCCAGGGCUACCGAAAGCCCUAAUACCUCCAGGACUGUCGAAAGCCCUCCAGCCAACAAAUCUCUAAUAGGAACUGUGCCGAACUUUCCCUUGUGUGAUGAUGCAACAUGUAGUAAGGAGUGUUGCGGCUCAUUCGUGAACAGUGAACGUGGCAGGGGAAAUAAUAACGCACCAAAUGUUGAUGUUGAUAAUAACAAAUCGACUAACAUUUCUCUCGGUGUGCCUGAUGCCACGAGUAUUGCUCCGGAGCAAGCCGAUGCUGCCGUUGGUGGAUCCAACGACUCUGAUAGUAAACCAGGCUGUAGCUCCCCUAAGACCCACGAUGAUGAGAAAAAGGAUAGCGAAGUAGGUAAAGAUGAUGAUGACGAUGAUGACGAUGAUGAUGAUAACGAUAAUGCUGGUGCUAAAGUAGCCGUAGCUCCUCCAGAACAAGAUAAUCCCGUUGCCCCUGUUAAUGUACCCGACGAACCGCCAGUGGGCAAUGAAGUUGAUGAAUUGCCCGAUUACGAAAGUGACGAAUAUAAUUUAAGGGACUUCGAUUUAAGAGAGUUUAACAGAAUUGACCCGCGGGCUCUCUUUCUAAGAGGUUAUUUGGAAUCGUUCCAGUGGAUGUCUCGUGUACUCCAAGCUGUGGAUUCGAUCCACCAAGUAGGCAUCUACUGCCUCGCUCUGGUGCAACCAAACUAUCUUCCGAAAACACCACUCGGUGGCAUCCAUCUCAGCGAAUGCAAACGACGUUUUCUAGAAGGGACAUUACAUCCAGCUAAUGUCCUCAUGUGUCCGCACACCUGCGUGACUAACCUACCGAAGCCAAGGGAAAUACACUCAGUUGGAAUAUCCGCAGAUGUUGGCCCGGCCUCGGUCAUAGUUGGAAAUCUGGUACAAGGAAAUAGACUCGCGUCUGCGCAGGGCCGAGAUAUGGGCUACACAGACGACUCUGACGCCGCUCGGAAGUAUCAGUUCAUAUCACAGAUUCUGAGAUGGCGCGCCCAGAGCACUUCUGACCAUGUUAUAUUUACAUUACUAAAUUCGAAGGGGGCCGUUUCUAAAAUUCUAACCUGCGCAGAACUGCACAAGAAGGCUGAACGAAUAGGGAAUUUGCUACUGGAAAAGGGGCGCGUGAACACGGGAGAUCACGUGGCUCUAAUAUUUCCACCGGGAUUGGAUCUCAUAUGCGCCUUCUAUGGAUGCUUGUAUGUGGGUGCAGUCCCAGUUACUAUUCGACCACCCCACCCGCAAAAUCUGCACACAACUCUGCCAACUGUUCGUAUGAUAGUCGAUGUCAGCAAAGCGACACUAGUCCUCUCCAACCAAUCUGUGAUAAAACUGCUACGAUCCAAGGAAGCUAGCAAUGUUCUUGACAGUAAAGCAUGGCCGAUCACUCUAGAUACAGAUGACAUGCCUAAAAAGAAACUCCCGAUUCUAUAUCGUGCGCCAACUGCUGAAAUGUUAGCAUAUUUGGAUUUCAGUGUGUCGACCACCGGAAUGCUCGCCGGCAUCAAGAUGUCACACGCAGCCGUCACCUCGCUUUGCCGGUCCAUGAAGAUAGCUUGCGAGCUGUACCCAUCGCGUCAUAUUGCACUCUGUCUCGACCCCUACUGUGGACUUGGCUUUGCGCUAUGGUGCUUGAGUAGCAUUUAUUCUGGUCAUCAUUCCAUUCUUAUCCCGCCAUCAGAAGUGGAAAUCAAUCCAGCACUUUGGCUUAGUGCUGUGUCGCAAUACAAAGUGCGUGAUACCUUCUGCUCAUACGGCGUAAUGGAGCUCUGCACAAAAGGCUUAGGCAGCUCCGUCAAUCAACUGAAAUCGAAAGGUAUCAAUUUGGCCUGCGUGAGGACAUGCGUGGUGGUUGCCGAAGAGAGACCGAGGAUCAACCUGACGAAUUCAUUUUCGAAGCUAUUCUCCGCGUUGGGUCUUAGUCCGAGGGCGGUGUCAACAUCUUUCGGCUGCCGCGUAAACAUCGCGAUCUGCCUGCAAGGCGCCUCCAGUCCAGAGCCGUCUACGGUGUACGUCGAUCUGCGAGCGCUGCGCAACGACCGCGUGUCUCUGGUGGAGCGCGGCAGUCCGCACUCCCUCUGCCUGAUGGAGUCUGGGAAACUGCUGCCCGGCGUGAAGGUGAUCACGGCGAAUCCGGAAACCAAGGGCCAGUGCGGUGACUCGCAUCUAGGUGAAAUAUGGGUGCAGUCGCCGCAUAACGCGAGCGGCUACUUCACGAUCUACGGCGACGAGAGCGACUACGCGGACCAUUUCAGCGCCCAGCUGGUGACGGGGAAUACGGGGGAGGUGUACGCCCGCACGGGCUACUUGGGUUUUCUGCGGCGGACGGAGAUAAGCGCGACCGGCGCGAGCUGCGACGAGUCGCUGCUCUCGCGCGACAGCGACACUGAAUCGCUGGCGUCUGCUUGUGGCAGUGUCGGCAUGGCGCCCGACACACACGACACUCACGAUGCGGUGUUCGUGGUGGGCGCCCUGGACGAGACGAUCAUGCUGCGCGGCAUGCGCUACCACCCGAUCGACAUCGAGAACUCCGUCAUGAGGUGCCACAAGAAGAUAGCCGAAUGCGCUGUCUUCACCUGGACUAAUUUGCUCGUGGUGGUGGUGGAGCUGGACGGAAAUGACAGCGAAGCUUUGAACUUGGUCCCGCUUGUCACUAACACUGUCCUGGAAGAGCACCACCUGAUCGUUGGAGUGGUGGUCGUGGUUGACCCGGGAGUGGUUCCAAUCAAUUCACGCGGCGAAAAGCAACGUAUGCAUCUAAGAGAUGGAUUCCUUUCCGACCAGAUUGACGCUAUAUACAUAGCGUACAAUAUG